AUGGCGGCGCACCUGAAGAAACGCGUGUACGAGGAGUUCACCAAGGUGGUCCAGCAGCAGCACGAGGAGCUGUCGGCCAAGAAGCUGCGCCUGGCCAAGCCCAGCAAGUCGGCGGCGCUGCACGUGGACCUGUGCAAGGCGGCGUCGCCCGCCGACGCGCUCCAGCACCUGCUGCACUUCGCCCGCCGGCCCGUGGAGGUGGAGAGCGUGGAGGGCGUCGUGCGCAUCCUGCUCGAGCACUACUACAAGGAGAAUGAUGCCUCUGUCAGGUUGAAGAUUGCUUCCUUGCUGGGUUUGUUAUCGAAAACUGCAGGAUUUUCCCCCGACUGCAUUAUGGAUGAUGCCAUCAACACGCUUCAGAAUGAGAAGUCUCACCAAGUCCUUGCUCAGCUGCUGGACACCCUCUUGGUAAUUGGCACAAAACUUACGGACAAUCCUCCUGUCAGGAUGAGGCUGGUGGAGGUAGCCUGCAAGCAUCUGACAGAUUCAUCCCAUGGUGUAAGAAAUAAGUGUCUUCAGUUAAUCGGCUGUCUUGGACCAGUGGAAAAAGGGGUCGCAAAGGAGGUUGAAAGCCAGUCUGCCAAAGAUGUCCAGAAGAUCAUAGGGGAUCACUUUAAUGACCAGGACCCUCGUGUUAGGACUGCAGCUAUAAAAGCCAUGCUUCAGCUUCAUGAAAGAGGAUUAAAAUUACAGCAGGCUAUUUACUGUCAGGCUUGCAAGCUGCUGGCAGACGAUUACGAGCAAGUACGGAGCGCUGCAGUUCAGCUCAUUUGGGUCCUCAGUCAGCUGUACCCUGAAAGCAUCGUCCCAAUUCCUUCUUCUAAUGAGGAAAUUCGCCUGGUGGAUGAUGCUUUUGGAAAAAUCUGUCACAUGGUUAGUGAUGGCUCCUGGGUUGUUAGAGUGCAAGCUGCUAAAUUACUGGGUUCUAUGCAACAAGUUAGCUCCCAUUUCUUAGAGCAGACCCUCGAUAAGAAGCUCAUGUCAGAUCUGAGGAGGAAACGGACUGCACAUGAACGAGCCAAAGAGCUCUACAGCUCGGGGGAGUUCUCAAGUGGCCGCAAGUGGGGAGACGACGCUCCCAAAGAAGAGAUCGACACGGGCGCUGUGAACCUGAUCGAAUCAGGAGCUUGUGGGGCCUUUGUUCACGGCCUGGAGGAUGAGAUGUAUGAGGUCCGCAUUGCUGCGGUGGAGGCCCUCUGUAUGCUGGCUCAGUCUUCCCCUUCCUUUGCGGAGAAAUGCCUCGACUUUUUAGUGGACAUGUUUAACGAUGAGAUCGAGGAGGUGAGGUUGCAGUCCAUCCACACGAUGAGAAAAAUUUCCAACAACAUCACCUUGCGGGAAGACCAGCUGGAUACUGUGUUGGCUGUCUUGGAGGAUUCUUCAAGGGACAUUCGGGAAGCCCUUCACGAACUGUUGUGCUGCACCAAUGUCUCAACUAAAGAGGGCAUCCACCUUGCACUGGUGGAGCUGCUGAAAAACCUGACCAAGUAUCCCACAGACAGAGAAUCCAUAUGGAAAUGCUUGAAGUUCUUGGGGAGCAGGCAUCCAACUUUGGUACUUCCUUUAGUCCCGGAGCUUCUGAGCACUCAUCCUUUCUUUGACACUCCAGAACCAGACAUGGAUGACCCAGCCUACAUUGCUGUCCUGGUUUUGAUUUUCAACGCUGCCAAGAGCUGCCCGACGAUGCCCGCGCUCUUUUCUGACCACACGUUUAGGCAUUACGCCUACCUGCGCGACAGCCUCUCUCACCUGGUCCCCGCCUUAAGAUUGCCGGGUAGAAAGCUGGUGUCCUCCCCUGUCUCUCCCAGCAUUACCCCAAAUGAGGAUCCUUGCCAGCAGUUCCUGCAUCAGAGCCUGGAGAGGGUUUACAACCUUCAGCACCUCGACCCGCAGGGCGUCCAGGAGCUGCUGGAAUUCACCAUCCGGGACCUUCAGAGGCUUGGGGAGCUGCAGUCAGAAUUGGCGGGGAUGGCAGAUUUCACCGCAACUUACCUUCAGUGUCAGCUGCUCCUCAUCAAGGCCCUGCAGGAGAAGCUGUGGAACGUGGCAGCUCCGCUCUACCUGAAACAAAAUGUGUUGGCAUCUGCUGCAGCGAAACAGAUCCUGGAAGAAACUUAUAAAAUGGAGUUCAUGUACAGCGGCGUGGAGGGCAGGCAGGUGGUCAUUAUCCACCACAUGAGACUGCAGGCGAAGGCGCUGCAGCUUAUAGUGACUGCACGGACCACCAGAGGAGCCGAACCCCUUUUUGGGAUGUGUGAGAAGUUCUUGCAGGAAGUAGAUUCUUUUCAAAGGUGUUUCAUCUCGGAGCUCCCACAUAUGCAAGGCAGCUUUGUCGAUAAGUUGCUGGACUUAAUGCCCAGACUUGUGACCUCCAAACCCUCGGAAGUGGUCAAGAUCCUUCAAACAACGCUACGACAAAGCACCUUCCUCCACCUUCCUCUUCCAGAGCAGCUCCAUAGAGCCACUGCAACUAUCAUCRAGCCCACUGGCGAAUCUGACAACCCCCUGAGGUUUACGUCGGGCUUGGUGGUGGCGCUGGAUGUUGAUGCAACCCUGGAACAUGUUCAGGAUCCCCAGGGAACUGUUAAAGUGCAGGUCUUGUACCCAGACGGACAAGCACAGCUAAUCCAUCCGAAACCAGCUGACUUCCGAAAUCCUGGUCCCGGGAGGCACCGGCUGAUCACGCAGGUUUACCUCUCGCACACGGCAUGGACAGAGCCGUGUCAGAUUGAGGUGAGGUUACUGCUGGCCUACAAUUCCAAUAGGAGCAAGGCUGCUAAAAUGCCCAAAUCCACCUGGAGCGACAGCAUGGAGGCUCUCCCGCCAUCCGAAAACGGCAUCGAGGGAACCAUUCCCUUUAGCAAACCCGUCAAAGUUUAUAUCAUGCCCAAACCUGCCAGGCGGUGAAGUCAGUCACGGAAAGACACUUAUACGACUGUUGGGUUACAGGAAAACCAUUUGUUUCCCAAGGUAGAGAACCAAACCAGCAGUGUUAAACUUGCACAAAGAAAGAGGAAAACAAGAAAAUACAGCUACUGAAGAACAAUUGGCUGUCUCUAUUAUGAUGGAGAAAGGUCAGCACAAGUUACUGGGCUGGUUCACAAUUUCAAGGACCUGCGGACGUUUCUGUAUUGAAUCAACAAAAUCAAGGCAAUUCUCAGCCAGCACUUCAGUAACUCUUACACUGGGACAGAUACCUGUUUUCACCUAUGAAAAACUUCUUUUCAAGGCUUUUAGGUUUCUUGUCUGAGGUAUUUGCUGUGUAAAAACUUAGGAACUUAAAUCCAUGUUAUUUUAUAAUACUCUGAAACUAAGUUAAGUUUUUUUUUUUUUUUUUUUUUUUCCUCCCUGAAAUGGAGCCCUGCAUCCUUGUCUUUUACUUGUAAUUCCCCUUAACUAUUUAAUUAUGCCUUUGGGAGCAGUGAGAUGGAAUGACACAGGUAGAGAAAAUACCAGCCUUGUUCCAUUAAGUUUGACAGAAUCUGUUCCUGUAUGUUGAUCUUUUUCUUGGACCAAUCAUGCUGAGAUUAGAAAGUCUGAUUAGUUUUUCCUUUCUGGAGCAGUUUGGGCAGUUGAAACCUUUCUAAUGUGCUUGAAGUAGCUGAGCACACUCAGUGAAGCAGCAGCAAGGGAAGUUGUCCGUGUUUCCUGAUGCAGGUGAGCGAAGGGAAGCGCUUUCCUACCAGGAUGGAUUCAGCUGAGGACUGAAAUAACUGGUCCUGUAGAACAUGUGUGGCUCCUUCUCACACUGCUCCCUGUUCCCGGAGGGCUUGCCAGAAAUGUGAAGCUUUGGUCUUCCUUUUGAGAGGUAUCUGUUAAUCACUCCCUUCUACAGACUGGGUUUCAAUAAACCAAGGAACCUCCCGUGUUUCUCAGCAAUCCUUCGAGAGGAUUUUUCCAGGCAUGCUUCAGGUGUGGAACUUCCUAGCACAGCAGCCAGAUGUUACCUGUGUUUUAUUGAAUUAACUGCCAGAGGAAAAAAUAAAAAGUGUAUUUCUAGCAGGUAAUCAAAAUAGUGAAGAAAUACCUUCAAAGAUAAUUGAAAUCAAAAUAAUUAUGCAGAAGUCCUUAUAUGCCUUCCUAUAAUGCAAUUGGAAAACUCCUUUAGCCUGGUUCUUUUUGCUGUAAGCAUGAACACAUAGACCCCAGUGGGUCUGUCCUCUUAAGACUUUUAAAAUUUCUUUAAUGCUGAUGUGCUGUCAGCCAAAGGCUGACUCUAUAACCAUUCAGUUGCUUUGGAUAUUAAUGUAUUAAA